UAGGACAGGACUAUUGGCCCACGCAGAUUUUAUGUGCAUGACCAAGACAAGAACCCCGUCUUGUGCUCAACCCAAGGCCUAUCUCGCGCUUUUCGGCCACGAACAAAGGGUUUUCUGGCAGCUAGAAUUCGAGGCGGAAGGCCUUUCGUCGAGGUCUUGUUCACCGACCUUUCGAUUGCUCUCACUGUAACAUGCUCGAAGCCCAGUCGCGAAUCUCUGAACACACGGAAACAGUGACGCCCACGUCGCCCACGUCGGACCUGUGCGCCCAUCGUAUUCGCACAAGUGAAGGAGUUGAGCUCGAUUCGCUUAUCGGUACCGAAAGCUCAGAUUUUUGGUUGGAUGCGGAUCACCGUGAAGUCUCUCUUCGCGGACACGCUCGGUCUUGUCUUUGGGGGAGAGCGUCACAGCUUCUAUUUUGCCGCUUUAGAAAGUUGAGGACGAGGAAGAUUGAGGACGAUGCUCCAGGCAUAGUUGUAAAACUACGAGUCAAAAGUCGCCCUCCCAAGAUGCAUCAAGAUGGGAGCUUCGUAUUACGCAGAUACGGCCAUGGCGAGCGAAAACACAUAUCGUCUCGCCCGUACAAUUCGUCAUCGAGUGAGGCCCUUCUACCGUCGCAAGACACCGUCAAAGAUCUUGUCUUCGGUGUCAAGGGUGACACAUGUGUAUGCACUCUAUUGUUCACGCAGAGACAGAUUAAGGCAUUCUCGCCAUUGUGUCCUUCUCAAGCAAGAAUACAAGCACUUGCCAGACGAUCCUUUACAGGCCAUCCCUUACAGAUACUCCCCGGAAGAGAUCAAAUUGAAGAAUCGCGCUUGGACACGUACUACGUACUACUAGCUUCGCUGAACCUGGAAGAGACGGUGAGACAUACAUGCAGAUGUGCACUACACAGACAGGCACGCUGGGGGGACGCGGAAGCAGACGCGAGGCAGACGCGGGAGGCAGACACGCAGACAAGUCAGCAGACCGACAUUUUCUUUUCGUUGGGGGCCCAUAAUCCUCUAGCGUCGAGAAGAAAACGGCGGGGAAUUCGCUUAGCCGGUGCCCUUCGUUUCUUCGCAUGCAGACAAAAACGGCAGGGUAGACAUAAGAGGCUCAAAUUUUGUUAUCUUGAAAUUAAGAAUAUCCGAAUACAACAAUUAUCAAAGCUUAAGGUGUUUCCACUUAGACUUCUCACUUCCCAUUGACCCUCUCCUCUUCGUCAUCAGCCACCGACUAUCGCCGUCAGUACGAGCUACGGCAACGGCAGCGACGACGGGCAAGGCAUCGGCAUCAGCAUCCCUUCCUUCGACGGCCUUGACCAAGGCAGCACGACCAGCUGACAGUCAGUGAAAGCGAAUAAGCCUUGGAACACGCCACCUGGCGCGAUCGUCCCACCAUCGAAACUCUUUUUUUUUCUUCUUUUUCUAAAAAUCCCCCUUUGUCCAUCUCCAGACUUUUUCAUUAGUAGAGGUUCACC